UAUCUCCGGCUUGCAUGCUGCCACGACAUGGAAUUUCUAUCGCAGACAUAUGUCGCGCUUCGUGGGCCAACAGGAGCACCACAGACAGCUUCUGACACUAUCGCGAGACUUAGCGACCGUCUUUCACCAGCGACACUGUUAUCGGACCGACGCGCUGCAGUUCUUGCCCUCAAGGGACUAGCACGAGAUUGCAAGCAAGAUGUUGGCGAAAGGGCACUAAUUGGGCUAUUGCAAGUGUUGUACAAUGAUGCAGAAGUGGACUCAGAUAUUGGGAAGGCCGUGUUGGAGACACUGAGCUUGCUAUGCGAUAUGGAGGAAGGACGAGACUUGGGAUACAAGCACAGCGACGUUGUCCUCGCCGGCGACAAGACUGUACAUAUACUGUUCUCCUUACUGGCAGACAAUAGCUUCUAUUUGCGCUUUGCUACACUCCAGUUCUUGUCGACGCUGCUGCACAAUCGACGCCAGGUAGUGCAAGGAUACUUUCUCACCGCGUCUACUGGUCCAACAAGCGUCAUCUCUGUUUUGGAGGACAAGCGGGAAAUCAUUCGCAACGAGGCUAUCUCUGUUGUACAGGCCCUAGUGUCGCAGAGUCCGGACAUCCAAAAGAUACUGGCAUUCCAGGGAGCAUUUGAAAAGCUAUUUAAUAUCAUUAGACAUGAGGGCGGUGUAGAUGGAGGUGCCGUUGCCCAAGAGGCACUGGCUUGUGUCGAUGUGUUACUGAGGUUCAAUUCCUCGAAUCAGAGCUACUUCCGAGAGACCGGUCUGCCACCUGUUCUGUGCACUCUUCUCCAAUUUCCCCCGAACAUCCAGUACAAUGAUCCCGCUCCCCAAGAGUUCGCGCUUCAGUUCUGGGACCAGCAGAAAUUAAAUAACGCAUCGUAUGUUGUGGCUAUCCUUGGUAUGCUCGUCGGUUCGAAGGGGAAUAGCGAACAGGAAGCCGCCGUGUUCACACGCUGCUUAGUGGAAAUUGCUUUAGCAUCCAAUGCACCGACGCAACUCAAAUCCCAAGCGCUAUAUCUACUUCCACCAAAUCUUAAUUUCCCGCUUUCCGAACUCACACUGACGCCAUACAUGCCCGUACCUGAGACGAAUGGCGAAGAGUGGGAUAGGCUAGAACCUGCUUCAGCAUUGGAUGCGCUCGUGGAACUUGCUUUACAUGGAGAAUAUAAUGGUCUCUAUAGCGAUAAACGCUUCAAAGAUGGUCUGGAACUGAGAGCCGCGGCUGCUACUGUGUUUGAGAAUUUCGUACGCAAAGAUGAGAUAAAGCAGGCUAUUGUUCAGGCUAUGACUCCCCCAGAAGAGGCUGCCCCUUCGGAACACCCACCAACGACCCCACUUCUUCAUUCUCUUGCCGCAUCUCCAGAUUCGACACCAGCCAUCGACUCGGCCAGGGUAACAGGCACAAACUUUGCGUCUCUUCUCUUCGCCCAUCUUCUCCGGUCAUCCCCAGGGGCAAAAUCGCUUGCACGGGGCAUCGUACCCCAUCUUACCGCUUCCCCGGAGCAAGGGGGUGAAAGCGGCUUUUUCGUUCCCGCUGAUGGAGCUGCUCCUCCUGCGCCGCCCCCUCCUGAAGCUGAUGAUGAACCUCCCCAGACCCUUCUCCAAAUUCUGAGCGAAAAUCUUUCACUCGCUCUUCUAUCCCGAUCCCAUGCGAACACUUCUGAUAGGGAUUCAAGAGAAUGGGACCGACUGAUUGUUGGCUAUUUGACGCUACUUUCUCAGUGGCUUUGGGACGACCCUACUGCUGUGAAAGAUUUCUUGAACGCGGGAGGUUUGGGUGUGCUAGUAGAACCUAUCAACCAUAUAUCCGAUUCUGAUUCUAUUGUCCCCGGGCUGUGCGCAUUUCUAUUGGGCGUGUGUUACGAGUUCAACAGAGAGCCUGGUGAGAUCACGAGGCAUACAAUCCACCCCAUUCUGCAUCGGCUGGGCGUAGACUCUCUUGUGGGGUGCGUGUCUCGUUUACGGGAAGAUGAACGAUUCAAAGCUGUUGGUCCCGACUCCGUGGUGUUUCUGUAUCCUCCCUCUUCACAUCUACAAACUGGUACCGCAAAAUCCGAUGCCGAAGUCGAAGGGGAGAUUUGGUUCGAUUGGGCAUUCGUAGACUUCUGGAAAUCGAACUAUUAUCCUGUUCAGAGAGGGUUCUCUACGGAGCCAGAUCAGCUUUCUUCUUCUUCGGGACAAAGUGCAGAAACGAUGGUGCUUGUAGCUUCAUUACGAGAGACAAUACGGAAACAGUCUGAGGAGAUCGCUGUACUGCAGACACAGCUAAAGGACAAAUCCUCUGGUGUGGACGAGGUUGUAUCCCUGAAGGAACAUGUAUCGUCGUUAACCUCACAGCUGGAGAGCUCUGAAGCAAAGCGCAAGGAGGUGGAAAAGGAGCAGGAGGAUCUUCUUGUGCUGCUAGACGAGGUCAGCAGUAAGCGUAAACGGGAUAAAGAAAGGCUUAGAGGAGCUGGUCUGGAUAUGUCGGAGGAUGAAGCCGAUGAGGAUGUGGACAGUGGCGAAGAAUAAAUGUGAUCAUGUGAGCUUGUGCAGUUAUUCAAAAUCCAGAUAUUUCCCUUUGGGUUCUGCGUCUGGUGAUCAAUUAUUCAAGCACGCAGUGAAAUCACCGUCCAGGUCUUUCAAGGCUUGUUGAUCUUGUGAAAGCUAAUGUACAGCCCAAACCGCU